GCAUCAUUCCAUGAUCCUCGCUGAUUCAACUUAAAAUAAAGCCUCAUGUGCGCUUGAACGAACUCGGAUUUCAUGGCCGGGGAUGGAUCCACGCUUCUCUUGUUCAAGGUUGCUGGCAUCGCUUACCGGGAACUCGGCAAUGAUUGCAACCUCCCGACAUCUUCUUUGAUGAAUGCAGCAUGCCUGUGCCCGGGCAUGCUGUACGUUACUGUAAUAUGCAUGGUGGAAAGAAACUGACAACGUUGUGCUGGUCCUUCCGCAGUAUCGUCUGGAUUUACUUUCCGAACCUGGUUGCUUCGGCUGGCCGGCGAAAGCCCGACCUCCUCGACUCCGACCAGUGUGUAGUGUGACAAAUGGCUCGUUUGCAUCAGCAUGCUUGCGAUCUUCCGCCCGUCCUGAAGGGAUCAUAACAAAGAAGCACUGAUAUGCUCAACAGCUGCCAUUGGGUUUGGCCUGAUUCGGUUCAUCUCAAUCAACACCAUCUCAUCUUCCAGCCGUUCUCGGAUGCCAUCCCGCACUGAAAUAUCCAACCGUGAGGCAGCACGUAGACGUUCACUCGGGCGGGCUUCUACUUCGCACGACGCAACUUCUUCCCACUUUUGACCAGCGCUCAUACACACACACAACUCGACUGCCGUUGGUCUCUUCACCACACCCAUGCUUUCGUUCCGCAGGACGUUUGCGGCGAACCCCGAGUCUUUCCUCCCGGGUCAUCCGUACACUUUGGACAACACUCGCACCGUGCAGAUCUCCUUCGUCGAGUUCAGAGCCGUGGGGCCGCCUCCCGGACAUGUGGGAUCGGUCGGCGAUGUUUACGUCGAUUUGACACCCGGCCGAAACACCCUUCAUUGGCGCGAUCGAGACGGCUACAAUCCGGGACAGUGGCGAAAAUGGACCGCACUACGACUGGACCGUGUGCCACUGUACAGAUAUCUCGUUGCGCACCCAUGGGCCAAUGAUGCGCAGAUAUCCGACUUGUACCUCUGGGCGGACUCGACGGGGAUCACGUGGACCUCGCGAGCGGAUAUAUGCGCUAGUCGCGUCAUUAUGGUCCAAAAGAACAUUGCGGUGAUUGAGCCAGGCGAGCGGAAUCCCGACGUCGAUGUAUUGGUUUCGGAAAUCCUCGUCAAGAUGAUAGAGACAGAAGAACGCAAGACCCUGCCCCCAAUGCAACUCCACCGAGAUGGAUAUGCCAGUCCCCCUCCGUCCAGGUCGCAUCGCCCCCCAGCAGAUUAUCCAUUGCCACGUCCUAUGCAGGGUCGUUCACACGCUAGCUCCGGAAGCGUCCCUCAGUUGCAAUUCAGUCCACCCGAAAACUAUCGAGCCCGGCGGCAUCAGCCCAGUCCUGACCGACCGUCGAACAGUCCGCCGUCGAACAGCCCGCUCAUCCUGUCUACACCUCCAGCCCCUUUGCGCCGCUCCGAAAGCUCCGAACCUCACAGGCGUAAAACUCCGUCAGGUUACCAGUCGUUCGAGGGCACCAGUCCGGUCGCAGGACCAUCGACCUUGCAGCAGUAUGAGCCACCAAAUCCCCAUCCCGGUGGAACAGAGCAGGAGCUACGCGACAAUUUUGCUUGGAGCGAGAUGCAGCGUGCCCAAUACGCAGAAGCGCACUUCAAACGAGAGUUGCGCGUGAAGAACCGUGAAUUGGCUAAAUUCAAGAAAAAAGAGAAGGAUGUCAUCAGCAUGUCCUUCAUGUAUCAGAAGAAAGAGCAAGAGCUGAUUGCAGCCUUGACGGCGGUCGAGCAACGAUCUCAGGCAGAAAUGGAGGAACAACGGGAAGCCGUUCGUGUCGCACAACGACAAGUCGACGAAGCAGAAUCCCAGGCUCGAGACGCAGUGCGAGAGCUACAUCGUGUGGAAGAUGCUUUAUCCGAUGCCCGUAAAGAAAUCCAGCGCCUCCAAACCUAUGCAGAUAGGAUCGAAAGCAACAACCAGGAGUUGAGAGGCGGUAAACAGGUUUCCUCUCUCUCGUCACCUUAUCUGAGAGACGGGCCCGCUCCAGAUUUGGAUCGAAUAUCUGUCUCACGGGGUGACCGCUCUAAACAGCCUCCUCCUGAGCCGGAGUAGGAACCGAUCGUGCUAUCAUGCAUUCAAAGUUCGCGGCCGGGGGUAUCAUCCUGCAAACCUUGCCUAUCAGUUGCACAUCUUCUCCGGCUCCGCGGAGAUUGCAUUCGCCUAACACGGACGGUCGAUUACGGGCAGCGUGUCAAUGGAUUCUGUAAUGCCACAUUUAAGUGCACAAGGCUCGAUUGUGUCGGGGAGAGUCUUCGAUCAAGCGAGAGCAUGGACACGGGAACAGCGGCCCUGGUCAUCUCUACAUGUAUGUCAGUACGCGUUAAAAUAAGCGGAUAGAUGCAUUGAGAGCCUCCAAGCGGUGGGCAUCAUCGUCACCGAUGACAGACUCGUAUGCAACUCUCAAAGCUCUAGAACAGCGUAGACCGCAGAUGGCCCAGAGCUCCUGCACAUCGGGAUACAUGCGAGUAUUGUGUGGUUCGA